AUGCCAAUGCCAACAUUUCGCAUGCAUUUAAUUAGUGAUUCGGAGAAUUUCUACUCAAGUCAACACACUGGCAAUCCACGACCUCAUCGUCUGAAUGAUGACGAGUUUUUAGAUAAACCACCAAAAUUAUUUCGAAAAGCCACAAAAAAUGAUUUUAUGUACAAUGGCAGUUUCUAUGAAGCGGUGGGAAAGGUGUUUUUAAUAGCCGAAAUUUUUGCCAUAAUGCCAGUUAAAGGCAUCUCUAUGCCACAUCCACGUUAUGCGAGUUUCUCUUGGUCCAAUUAUCGCACCUGGUAUUGUUUGAUUUUUAUUUUUAUUAUGAUUUUUGAUUCAGCGCUAACCAUGAAUAUGGUAUUGAAUGGCUCCAUAACAUUUAAUAAUAUUGAGCCCAUGAUAUUUCACAUUUCCAUCAUAACAUUCCUAGUCUGUUCACUGAGUUUGGCUCGCAACUGGCCAGAUUUAAUGGUCUAUUGGUAUGAGAUUGAGCAAAAGCUACCGCCAUAUACCUCUCAAUUUGAUAAAUGUCGUAUGGCGUAUAAAAUACGCAUGGUGACAUUUGUGGGAAUGAUGCUGUCAUUGACUGAACAUUUACUGAGUUGCAUAUCUGUCAUACACUACUCCAAUUUCUGUCCCAUAACCAAAAAUCCCAUUGAAAAUUUCUUUCGUUUUUCCAAUGAGCACAUAUUCAAAGUCUUUGACUAUUCCUAUUGGUGGGGAUGGUAUGGAAAGAUAUCGAAUUUUAUUUCAACCUUCACCUGGAAUUAUAUGGAUGUCUUUGUAAUGAUUGUAAGCAUUGGACUGGCCUCGAUGUUUGAACAGCUGAAUAAGAAUUUAAUUCAAUAUAAAAAUAAGCAAAUGCCAGCAGCUUUUUGGUCGGAGCGUAGAAUUCUCUAUCGCAACUUGUGUAGUUUGUGUGAGAAAGUCGAUAAUGCAAUAUCGAUGAUAACAAUGGUUUCCUUUUCCAACAACUUGUAUUUUAUUUGUGUACAACUGCUUCGGAGUCUCAAUAAAAUGCCAUCAAUUGCACAUGCUGCAUACUUCUAUUUCUCACUAUUCUUUCUGUUGGGUCGUACAUUGGCUGUAUCGUUGUAUUCCUCAGCGGUGCAUGAUGAAUCCCGUAAACCCUUGCUUAUUUUGAGAUGUGUGCCCAAAGAGUCGUGGUGUAUGGAGGUGCGACGUUUUGCUGAAGAAAUUAGCAACGAUUUAGUUGCCUUGAGUGGCAUGAAAUUCUUUCAUUUAACACGAAAGUUGGUACUCAGUGUGGCCGGUACAAUUAUAACCUACGAACUGGUUUUAAUACAAUUUCAUGAGGACACCAAUUUGUGGGACUGUGAAAAUGAUCGAAAUCGACUAUUGGACCUUCAUAAUGAAAAAACUCAUUCAAUUAACAAGGAUUUGAAGACUUUUCUAUAUAAUUUCAAAGAUUUCAGACAAAAUCAACGUGGCGUUCGCUAUGCCAGUGCUAAGGAUUUGUUGCACAAUGGCUCAUUUCAUCAGGCUAUAGGGCCAGUACUAGUGAUGGCUCAAUGUUUUUGUUUGAUGCCAGUACGUGGAGUACAAAAUAAAUCUGCUGAAGGUUUAUCCUUCAACUGGUUUAGUUUUCGUACUGGCUUUUGUUUGUUUUAUAUUGGGGCCACCAUACUGGAUACGAUGUUAACCGUCAAUAUGAUUGUACGUUUAAAAUUGGAUGUACGGAAUAUAGAACCAUUCAUUUUUCACAUCAAUAUAUUUCUGGCAACGAUUGGAUUUUUACGUUUGGCUAAGAAGUGGCCCAAACUGAUGUGUCGCUGGCAGGAGGUGGAACAGCAAUUGCCAGCAUUUAACAAGUGGCAGGAAAAAGAGGAAUUAUACGCAAGGAUUAAAAUAGUUACAUUUGUUUUGAUAACAUUAUCAUUUACUGAACAUUUACUCGCCACCAUUUCCGCCGUACACUUUGCCAACUAUUGUACCAACAACAACGAUCCCAUCAAAGCAUUUUUUUUAAAUGUUGUGGAUCAAAUCUUUUACAUUUUCGAUUAUUCGCCCUGGCUAGCUUGGAUGGGUAAAUUAGAAAAUAUUCUAUUGACUUUCGGCUGGACCUACAUGGAUGUUUUUGUUAUGAAUAUUGGUAUGGGUUUGUCGGCAUUGUUUAAACGGUUGCAGAAUCAUAUGUACCAAUUUCAAGGUUUGUACAUGACUGAAACUUAUUGGUCCAAAUGCCGUUAUCAAUAUACUUUGAUUUGUGAGUUAAUCGUGGAGGUGGAUGAAGCUGUUUCAGGAAUUAUAAUGCUGUCAUUUGCAAAUAAUUUAUAUUUUGUUUGCAUACAGUGCUUGAAAAGCAUCAACACAAUGCCCUCCAUGGCCCAUGCAAUUUAUUUCUAUUUCUCUCUUAUGUUUUUACUGGCUCGUACUCUGGCCGUCUCUCUCUAUUUGGCCGAGGUGAAUGACAGAUCUCGAGAUCCUUUAAACAUUAUAAAACAUAUACCACCCGACUGUUACUAUCCCGAAGUAGAACGUUUCGUUUUGGAGAUCAACAUCAAUAAAGUUGCCAUGACGGGCAUGCAAUAUUUCGAUGUAACCCGGAAAUUGGUAUUAACGGUGGCUGGAACAAUUGUUACUUAUGAACUGGUUUUAAUACAAUUUCAUGAAGAUCAAAAACCAUGGGUUUGCAACGAUUAG